GCCUCCCAUUCCUUCGAAGCUGUGCGUGGACGGGACAUUUUCCAUCUCACUAGCGAGCUCCUACCUAGCUAUACAUGGCUUAUGAAGCCUGAAUUGGCCGACGAAGGAUCUAUCUUCGUGCAUGAGAUGACGACCGACAAGGAGGACGGCAUUACCCAAGAUGGUAUAUCGCGGGAAGCCUUCGACGGCAUGUGGCCCAUGUAGAGAGCGUAGGAGCAAAUGCGAUCGAGCUGUCCCAGCAUGCGGGCAGUGCAUCAAAGCCAAGAGAAUCUGCUCUGGAUACAGAAACAUAGCGGAUCUGAUAUUCUUUGAUGAGAGUCAGCAAGUCGCCAACAAGAGCAAAUCGCUGGGUUCAACUUCAACAGGCUCGUCGUCGGCGACGCCUUUCAUGCCCGUCCCUGUACGACUCACAGAAUUCGUCUUACAUCAGCCGUUGGACGACCUCGCCGUCAACUUCUUCAUGUUCAACUAUGUCGGUAACGAUCCGACGUCAUCGCAAUUUGGCUACCUUCCCGAUUUCUACUCGCACAAUAGUUUCUACUCCUCCGAGCUUCAACAGAGUCUUAAGGCCGUGGGUAUCGCAGGCUAUGCGAAAAUGACUCAACGCGCCGACCUUAUGUAUCCCGCAAUGAAGAGCUACAGUUCCGCGAUACGACACAUCAACAGCGCCUUGUCGUCUGCCUCGGAUUAUACCGGACUAGAGGCGACUCUGGUUUCGGUCAUGCUACUCGCAAUGUACGAAGUGUUAACCGUGCCAGGUCGAAGAGGGCUUGAGAAUCUCACCAAACAUCUCAAAGGCGCCAUAUCUAUUGCCUCACUGUGUCUGAAGCAACGGAAGCAGACAGAUAUCACCCAGAAAUUAUUCGGCACUGUGGUUCAGACCGUCAUUAUGAAUUCAUGGAUUCAGAACAUGCCCCUUCCUCGGGAAUUCUUCGCUCUAAAGAGCCAAUUAGGUCGUGGGAUGACUACGCCGCCUAUACACGCCGGCUUCCUGGACAUUGUAGCUGAGCUGGUUCAGCUCCGCAGUUCACUUAGCAACAGAAGCGUCACUUCGCCUAGUGCUACAAUAUCGAAGGCUUUGGUUCUAGAUGAUCGACUAAAGCAGUUUGCGGAGGCAAUGCCGCAGCGUGGACGUUUCGAGGACUUUUCCGUGUCUGAGGAAGCCGGGCAGCUAGUCUACAACGGGCACUACCACGUGUAUCCGAGAAGAUUUACGGCUCACCUAUGGAAUAAUAUCCGCUCGUGUCGCAUGCGUCUGCACCGUGUCAUCCUCGCUCAAUGCCGCAUCCUAGAAUCUUCCGCCUCGCCUAUGGAGCGCGCUUCAAUUGCAAGGCAGCAGUUCGAAUCAAAAGCUAUGGUUCUCUACCUCGCGAGAGAAAUCUGCGCCUCAGUUCCAGAAUUAUGUGACUACUCGGAGCAGCUCGCAUCAUUUAGCACCCGAAAGCGCAAAAAGUUCGACCAACCGUCCGCGGCGAGAUCUGACCAGCAUUAUCAAUCCGCGGAGAUACCACAAGCCGUGCCAGCGCUCCCUGCAUUGGGGGUUCCGAAACCAGCCAGCCUGUAUCACAUUUACUAUCAACUCCAAACCCUCUUAUCCAUCCCACUUCUACCGGUCGAUAUGAAGGAGUGGAUUCAGGGCCGCAUUAGUUUUGUCGAGGCGAAUGCCGACCCGGAGAAUCUGGAACUGCUUAAAGCGAUGCUGCGACGAUCGAAGGAGAGGCCUGACGGGUGGCUCAUGGUCUUCGACCGUCACCAAUCCGUGAGCGGCGUCGUGUUGUACACUGUUUUCAUCGAUCCGAAAUAGUGUUCGACCGAUGGUUGAAGGGAGGAAGGGCCGCUAAUUUUGGAAUAGCCUGGCUGCUAAAGCCAGUCGGGAAUAGUUGCUGCGCCUCACGCCUAUGCACCUGGGCUGGGCAGCUAGCUGCA